CGAAGUCUUAGAACCGAGGCCCCGCAGGGGUCCCCGCGGCCGCAGCGAUGCAGAAAUACGAGAAACUGGAGAAGAUUGGGGAAGGCACCUAUGGAACAGUGUUCAAGGCCAAGAACCGGGAGACCCAUGAAAUUGUGGCUCUGAAGCGAGUGAGGCUGGAUGACGAUGAUGAGGGUGUGCCAAGUUCGGCCCUCCGGGAGAUCUGCCUCCUCAAGGAGCUGAAGCACAAGAACAUUGUCAGGCUUCAUGAUGUCUUGCAUAGUGACAAGAAGCUGACUUUGGUUUUUGAGUUCUGUGAUCAGGACCUGAAGAAAUAUUUCGACAGCUGCAAUGGUGAUCUCGAUCCAGAGAUUGUGAAGUCAUUCCUCUUCCAACUGCUAAAAGGCCUCGGAUUCUGUCACAGCCGCAAUGUGCUGCACAGGGACCUGAAGCCCCAGAACCUUCUCAUAAACAGGAAUGGGGAGCUGAAAUUGGCUGAUUUUGGCUUGGCUCGAGCCUUUGGUAUCCCAGUCCGAUGCUACUCUGCUGAGGUGGUCACUCUGUGGUACCGCCCACCGGAUGUCCUCUUUGGGGCCAAGCUGUACUCCACGUCCAUCGACAUGUGGUCAGCAGGCUGCAUCUUUGCAGAGCUGGCCAAUGCUGGGCGGCCUCUUUUCCCUGGCAAUGACGUGGACGACCAGCUGAAGAGGAUCUUUCGGCUGCUAGGGACACCGACGGAGGAGCAGUGGCCUGCCAUGACCAAACUGCCAGACUAUAAGCCCUAUCCAAUGUACCCAGCCACAACGUCACUGGUGAAUGUCGUGCCCAAGCUCAAUGCCACAGGGAGGGACCUGCUGCAGAAUCUCCUGAAGUGUAACCCUGUGCAGCGCAUCUCUGCAGACGAGGCCCUGCAGCACCCCUACUUCUCUGACUUUUGUCCCCCGUAGACCCUGGGAUCCCUGGCUGCCAGGCUGGGGCCUGGCCUAUUUAAGUCCCCUCCAGGGAGGGGAGAAAAAAUGGGGUGUGGUAUGUGUGCACCAGCUGUGCUGGGCCCAGCCAGGGAGGAGCUGCCCUGGCCCAAGAUCUUCACUCCUCCAUGGACUUUAUUUAAUUUCAUAAAUUGGCUCCUGUCCCACAGUCUGCUGAUGUGGUGGUGGGGUAGCUCUGAAGAGGGCUGAGGGACCCCUGGCCCACUUUACCAUACUCCACCACCCUGCUUCCAGCUCCAGCAUAUCCAGCUGUCCACUCUAAGUGUCUGAGAUCAGGGGCCAUAGCCCUUGACAAUCACACCUUCCAGUUAGGGUCAAGGCAGGCUGUCUUCACACACAUGUCCUUAUACACUCAUGCACACCCCUGCCUCCCUCUGCCAGGAGGGCCUGACAUAGUCCCAAGGGGACAGGCAGCCAGCAUCGGUAAGCAAGAAUAGCCUUCCACCAUAAUGGGCAGAAAAUAUCUGGGCCUCUCCUGUGGCUGUCCACACCCCGUGGACUCUGCCUUUUUAUUCCCCCAUACUUCGAUCUGUGGGCUGGGUGGGGCAGGAGAGACCCGAAGAAUGAGGUUCCAUCAGGAACACCCCCUCCCCUCCACCCAUAUUUGCCAGUUUUCCAAUGAUUGGGGUGCAGCAAAAGAGGGAAAUUGGCUCUAAGGCUGAGCCUGGUGUGCCCUUCCUGACAGGAAGAGGGGAAGAGGACAAGUUGGGGCUACAGCUGCUGUGGGAGGUUGGAGAAGUAAGAGCUGUCUCAGAGACAAGCUGCAUAGCACAUUUGGUCCCAAAGGUGAGAAAAGAAAUCAUGGUCUUUGAAGGCAGGAAAUCAUCUUGCAUUCUUAGAAGUGGCGUAGCUCCUCCUAAUGAUAACCUGCCUCCUACCCCUUUUUGCUGGGCUCUGGGUGAGCACCUUCUUCCACCUGUAUCCUGAUAGCAGUCAGUGCCUACUGACCUUCACUCUUCUGUGCUGUCACACCUGAGCUCUCUUCAGAUGUCUGUCUGAUAAACUCGUUCAUACUGAGGUGCAAAUGGCUGACAUCUU